UAGAAGUUCUCUGUAAUGGAAAAACAACAAACCAGGAAAACAAAGGAAUGGAAAUAUCACACUAGAGCCAUGGAGGAGGUCCUGUAUGAUAUCUAAAAGUAGACAAACACGUCUGUUCACCAAAAGGGAAAGCUCGUAUACUGUGAGUGGGGCGAUAUGACAUAAACUUUGCAAUAUUCAGGAGGUGAAACAAUGAAAAUGGAACCAUUAUUAAACAGGAUGUAAAUAUAUUUGUAUCCAGAUUUUUCCCCCUUGAUGGUCCAUGCUUCUCUGAUUCACAUUCCUGUCCACUGGGGGCGAUGCCGCACAGCAUUGCGGACUACAACAGUACAGAAGAAGACGGUGCUUCCAUGAUAUCAGCCACUGUUUACAUCCAGCAUUUGCUCUAGCACUCAGUAGCGCUUUGCUGGACCUUCUGGCAGAGUUACAUGCGUAUUUAAACGUACUGCAGUAUUAAACAGAUGGCCUUCGCUCUGCCGGUGUGGCUCGCGGUCCAGGAGGAGCUCCUCGCGCACGGCGGAGAGGUGGACUCCGAGUCUCCCAGCUGUUUCGACGAGUUCGAUGAUGAAGCUUUGUUCCAGAUGUUCCACCUCACCAGACCCAGCAUCGUCUUCAUCACGGACAGUAUCCGCAUUCGCAUGAAGAAGGUCUCUCUGAAGAAGCCAGCGCUGCCCGUGGACGCGAUGGUCAUGGUGACGCUCAACUAUUACGCACACGGAGUUUCCUCCGCUACUAUCCAGCAGAGACUCGGACUGACCCAGAACGACUGCCUCGCGAUCAUCUGCACAGUCUCCGGGGUUAUCGCAGGCAUGGCCGAUCAGUUUAUCUCGUUCCCGUUAACCCGAGCAGCCAGAACCAGUGUCGCCUUCAAGAUAGAGAAAUUGUGCGGCAUCCCAGACGCGCUGGGCGUCCUGGCUGCAGCUCACUUCAAGAUCAGAGCCUCUCCGUAUGAGAAGGACACUUUCAGGUCUUUUGUCAACACCUUGGGGUACACGUCGGUCGUGAGCCAGAUCAUCUGUGACUCCGACGGCAACAUAUUGAGUGUCGAAAAGUGUUGUGUGGGCAGCACGUUCGAGCAGGAUUUGUGGGACUCGUCGUUCAAAGGAAGAGAGAUGGAGGAUGAAUUGCAUGGACAUUACUGGGUUAUUGGAGGGAGCGGCUACAACUUAAGCAAACAUGUCUUGACUCCUGUGUUGGAACCCGCAAAUGAGAAGGAGAGCCGCUUCAACCAGGCCCACGCCAAGAUCUACGAUGUCAUGCGGACAACGCUCGGCUCCAUGAAGAGGCGUUUCAGAUGCCUGAUGCAACUUGGCUUUGCGCAAGAAGGCUCUUUGGACAAAAAGUCCAACAUCAUCAAGGCGUGCAGCGUUCUGCACAACAUCUCUAAGAAGUUCUCCGUCCCUCCCCCGCCUGUAGUUGGUAAAAUCGAGCCCCUUCAUCCAGGCAAGCAGCAUUCAGUGUCAGUAGACAUCAACUCAGAGGCCCAAAAAGCCAGACAGGAACUCAUUCAUUGUAACUUCUCGGUUGCCUCCAGCAGGCACGACCCACUGAGUGACACUAUCACAGAGGAGGAUCUUUGAUGACAGUGAGAGUGUUGUUUGCUUUAGGAAGCAAGCAAACAAGAUCCUCAGCACACUGACACAUUAAGGCCACAUUUCUGAAACAAAACCCUGCUUACAAUGUGAGAUUUACACACAGGUUGAAGUGAGCUGCUGUUCUGUGCCAGUUCGACUUUUUUUUUUUUUUUUUUUUUUUGCAGAC